AUGGUAACACCAAAAAAGAAUCCUGGGCGCCUGGAUGCAAUUGAGGAUAAGCUCGAACAAGUCUUCGCGCUACUCAGAGCACCCGAGGUGGCGGCAUGCCGAGGGAGCGAGGAGAUUCAGAACUCUUCAACCAACGCGAUCCGCUUACCUUCCGUCGUCAGUAUACCUGCUCAAGCUGAGAGUGUUGCGGAGCUUCGGUCGGGGUAUGCACAAAGCAUAUCAAUUGAACCUAGCGACCACCUAAACCUUGCACCUUCUCAAAACAGUGGAAUUGAGAGAACAAUCCCAGCAGACAUCAUGCGUCAAGCAGUAAGGCUCUUCGAACGAUACUUUAUCUACCAACCUUAUCCUCUUCUGUCUUGGAUGAGCAGCCAGGAACGAUUGCUGCCCGAAAACCUGCCUACCAUGGUUCUUUAUCCAAUCCUUGCCUUAUCACUUCGCACUAUGGACCCUUCAUCUCGGGCAGCUAUCCCAGGUUGGCUCGAGAUAAUCAAAUCUCUCUCAAGGGUCACGUUUGAUCUUCUAUGCAAGGCUUAUUCUGCCGAGCAAACUGACAUGGCCUAUUUUCAAUCACUCUGUCUUCAGGCUCAAGUCGAUUUUGCAUGCGGCAGCCCUGGCCGAGCCCAGGUACAAGUGGCCCUCGGCCUGCGACUUGCACAAGGGCUAGGCAUGCUGGUCGCAGAGGACAGUGACCGGGCUCAUGACGAAGAAGAUAUACUGCGUCGUGAAGUUGUGUGGACACUAUUCAUGAUGGAUCGUAUCUUUAUCGGGCAAAACAUCAGCCGUCCUUGCAUACCUGCAUCAUCAUUUGAUCUGUUCGUGUUCGAAAGGGGGCCUCUCUUACCGGAGAGAUCUACUGGAUUUAAUUCCUUUGUCACCCUUAGAGAAAUAAUUCAUCACCACAACAACAACAGAACAUUCAGUUUGAUGGCCGUCAACAUCCAUUUGCUCUCAAUAUGGGAAGAUAUGAUGCGAGAUGUGUUUGAAACUAGAUCCGGAAGGACCGAUACAUUUUGGCACGACGGAUCUUCCUGGUCCAAGAUUCAAUCCCGUCUAUGGGAAUAUGAGAUGCUGGUACAUCCUCACCGGUACACGAGCGUUGGAUUUCCAACGCGUGUACGACAAGACCCGCUCACGAGAUCCUACUUCUUGACCUGGCUGUUCUUUCAAGUGCUGUACUCUACGAUCCAGUGUUGCUUAAACCAUCCGUUCGUCCUGCUGAUGAAGACGAGGCUCCUGCUACCGCGAGUUCCAGCAAUGUUUCUUCAAAAGUCAUUCGAGUAUGCCAUGACCAACUCAAAAUGGGUCAUCCGUCUUGUUGUCGAACUCGAGGAAGCAGGAUUGUCAUACCACGAUCCAUUUCUGGGUUACCUCCUCGGGAUUGCAGCCACUAUCCAACUGGAACAGACCGUUAGCAAGAAGCGACAUGUUGCAUCCAACGCAAGGAGGAAUUUCGAGAAGGCACGCAGUUUUAUACGACAGCUGUCAAGGCAGUGGCCAAACAUGCUCAAUCUUUCCAAUCUGCUCGACCAACUGACCGCUCGCCUCAGGCAGCGUCAGACAAUGGAUUAUGUGGACGGCGAGUACGACGGCGCUGUGCCACCUUUGGGUGUUCGUGAUGUUGCUCUUGAGCAGGAAGACAUUGACUUGAUGUGGAAGAUCUUUGACUAUGCUUCCGUUUCUGCAAUUCCAACCGCAUUGAGAGCAGGAGAAGGCCGUGAAAGUCUUGGAAGUACCUCAUCUCCUACACCCCUCGCACAGGACGCCGAGCUGGGAGACAUGCAACAUUGGUCGGCUGGAUCUCUUGACAAUAGCGACAUGCUCCGAGGAACAGAGGACGUCUACCUUGGCGCAUCAGGCGAUCUUGAUUUUGGCCAGCCCUACAGCGAUGAGUGGUCACUGUUUGGGAAGCCAUGGUCUGCAUAUUUUCCCCCUGAUGCGUCUCCAUCAACACCAACAUAUCGCCCACACUAGCUUCGGCAUUCUUGGGGAUUUUCCGAUGGGAAUCUAUUCCCUGAAGGCUACCAAUUACUUUGCGCAAAGAUGAUUCAAUUUCACAUCGGCGAAACAAGCCAAUGCCUCUGGAUCACUUGACCCAAAAAGGAGUGUGAGUGCCCCAAAGAUACAGCUAGGGUGUACGACCAAGUGGGUUUGUCAAUUCAGAAUUUAUUUCUCGAUAUACCGUUGCUGUGUGUUAAACUUCCAUUGAAAGACAACUUCGACCUGGACUUGGAAGUUGGCGCGGGAAGAACCGUCCAAGACCGGUCAAUAUUUGCAUCCAACGCCACUCCGCACCUAGCGUUUGGCUUCUUUCCGGACGUUUA